AUGGAUGAUGAUGACUUUGGAGGAUUUGAGGCAGCAGAGAGUUAUGAGUUUGGAAAUGGUGAAAAGCAGACCACAUCUCCUGCUAUUGCUUGGGCAGCAUUUCCUACAGUACCUGAAGUCCAUAGAUCUCCUGAUGUUCUCCUGAAGCACUCUGUGCCUUCUUCCUGCCUGCUUCCUUCUGACUCUUUCAUUUUACCAAGUGAUAAUGUAUCAACAGUUAUUCCAACAGGGAAGAGUGUGAUAAAUCCAGCGGUUCCCAAAGAACAGACUCAAGCAGAUAUUCCAGUUGCUUCUUCAAAUGCAAUUGAAGACAGGACUUUAGCUGAUGUUGAGACAAAGAGAACAAAUGAACCCAAGAGCUGCCUUCAACAAGCUGUUGCAAACCUCGAAAUCAAGCUUUGCAGUGCUGAAGAAGAAAAGCUAAAAAUCAAAAAGGAAUUGGAACAUCUGCUGGAAAAACAUAGUGUGCUAGAAAUUGAUUUAUUGAAAGAAAAAAAAGAAAAAGUGCUUCCACAUCAAGAUCAUUACAAGGCACUCCAGGAAAAGCAUAAGCAGGAAUUAGAAGACAUGAGAAAAGCUGGACACGAAGCCUUAACUAUUAUUGUUGAAGAAUUCAAGGCGCUGCUACAAUCUACAGUUCAGCAGCAAGAAGCAGCUAUUGAAAAGCAGUAUAUAUUAACCAUUGAAAAGCAUUCUCACAAAUGUGAAGAGCUCCUUGAUGCUCAGCAUCAGCGACUUCUUGAUAUUUUGGAAGCAGAAAAGGAAGUGUUAUCAGAAAAGAUAGAAGAAGCUAUGAUGCAGCAGUCACAAAAGCACAAGGAAGUGCUGGACAAAUGUUUGGAUGAAGAAAGACAGAGAACCAAGGAGGCUCUGGCAGCUGCUGCAAAGGCUGAAAAAGAAGUAGUGCAAGAAGCUGUUCUGAAAGCAGUAGAGGAUGAGAGGAGAAAUAUGGAGAAGAUUCACGCAGAAGAAAGAAAACUCUGGGAAGCAGAACGUGCUAGUCACCGAGAGAAGAUUGCCCAGGCUGUUUCAGAAGCCAUGCAAGAGCAAAGAAAGCAGAACCAGGAAAUUGUCAAGGAAGCAUUAAUGGAGGAGCAGAAACGAAGUGAAAAAGCAAUCGAAGAAGCAGUAAAGAGGACAAGAGAGGAACUGAUGGAAUAUAUUAAAGAGCAGAAAAGGCUUGAUGGAGUUGUCCGUCAGAGAAAUCUGCAUAGUUUGGAACUUUUCCUUUCAUGUGCACAGAAACAGUUAAAUGUUUUAUUGAAGGAAGAGCCAACCCCAGAGGAAAACACAGACUGA